UCUCAGGAGGUAUGUAGGCAAGUACACUUCCAGCUAUUUCACUGGUUCCGGGGGGGGGAGGAAUUUUCUUGAACCGUCCAUGUCGAACGUAACUAUGAAAGGGGAAAGACAUUCGAGCGAUGCUUCCUCGGAAGCUAUCUAUAUCUGUGGGCUUUCGAUCAGUUGGCCAAGCCGAACCGUUUAACGCCAUAUUCUUGAACCAUCUAGAAUAUGCGGUGUACUCAACGGAAAUACUUGCCAAUGGAAAUACACCAAUCUUCAGGGCACCCUUUGACUUCCUCUCGUGCUCCUCCUACCAAGAGCUAUCCGAAAUACCUACGGUUUACCAAGCCCAAGCAUCACUCUCAACGCCCAUAUUUCAAGGGGGCUUGUAUUUCAGACACUCUGACGGAAGCGCUCUAUUGUAUGAACAGUGUGCGAGGUGCGGAAUACUAGCUGUUUAUCGUAUCAAAGGCUGUUUCCAGAUUGGGAAGGCAUGGAAGGGUUUCGUCGUGGAAGCCCCGGUAACUUUCAGGGGCACAAACUUCCGCUGCGGAAGUUACCAUACAAACUCAGCUGUAGAUCUCUAAAAGAAAUCAUUGUUCUUUGUAGUCUAGGGAAUCAAUUGCAUCUGAAUGGAAGGUGUAACAUGAUUGUAUUCUGUGGAUGUAUAUCGGAGCGGUGUCGGAUAUGCGGCACUUUUAUGUUUGCCUUUUUUUCGUCCCCUUCUAGAAUCACCACUUUUUUCUAGAAGAUGAUACGAGGCGUGGAUGACGCAUAAUAAACAAGCUAUAUAUCGAGCGACUGAUGUGACGUUUCUAGAAAAGGUUUAACUUACUAGGGAUUA